AUGCCGUGGUUAAAGGUGUUGGGCAAACAGCUUUUUCUAAGGCGGAUGAAAUACUAUGCUGUGGCCAAUGGCCGUAGCAAUGGCAUAUAUCAAUCGUGGGAUACUUGUAAAGCACAAGUUCUGGGCUUUCCUGGAGCAAAGUAUAAGAAAUUUGAUACUUUAAGUGCAGCUCAAGACUUUGUUAAAGGUGGAACUUCUGCAAACUCAAGCGGUAGUGGUGCUAGAAGUAGCACCAAUACUAAUGGUAAUAGAGGCAGUAUAUAUAAAUCCGGACAUGGCGCUGGAUCUUCGAUGUCUAAAUCGACUUCUUAUGCUCGGAAACACGAUGAGCAAUAUAAAGGUAUUGGCAAAGCAGUAGCACUUUCAUUAACGUCUUCCACGCAGCCCAAAAACACUACCCAAGUAUAUGUUGAUGGUGCAUGUAGAGGUAAUGGUAAAGCUGGCGGAAUGCAUAGAUCAGGAUAUGGUGUAUAUUUUGGUGAAAAUGAUGCUAGAAACAAAGCAGUACCUCUCAGUAGAAUUGAGAGUGCCAAACUAUAUAAGCCCACUAAUCAAAGAGCAGAAUUACACGCUGCUAAUGACGCUUUGAAAACCAUCGAAAAGGAAGUAACUUCUACUCAUAGGCCGAAUCAUAAGUACGAAAUUCUCACGGACUCAAAGUACACCAAACUGUGUUUAAAUGAAUGGUCUGAUAAAUGGCUUAGAAAUGGGUGGAAGAGUUCUAACGGAGGUUCUGUUCUUAAUCGUGAUAUAAUUGAAGAUGCCAGAAAGCGUCUUGAUGUAAUCAACGGUACAUUGCUAUCAAGAGGGGAAUCGCCGGUUGUAUUUACAUAUGUUCCUGGCCAUCAAGGAGUAGAAGGUAAUGAACAAGCAGAUCGUUUGGCGAAUUUGGGUGCCGAUCAAUAUGAUCAUUAUUGUUAA